AUGUCAAAAAGACAGACGAGAGCACGUCCGAUCGAAAGUAGUACUGAUGGUGGUGAUUCCACAAGUCGACAAAGACAAAUGAAGAGAGACGAAGCUAUACGUAAAAAAUUAGAGCAAGAUUUUUCCAAAAAGAGAAGCACUGCAUCCAGAACUCUUGGUAAAAAUAGACGGAUACCCGGUACAGUAUCUGCCUUAAGGGUAGGACAGGCACUGACAGUAAAAGAGACGAUGCGUGUCAUGGAAGCCACUCAACUCAUGGCUGCCAAAAGAUGUGAUUGUGUCUUGGUUAUCAAUGAUAACGAUCAACUAUCGGGCAUUUUCACCGCAAAAGAUAUAGCCUACAGGCUUGUGGCAGAAAACCUCGAUGCAAAAAGGACACCCGUCAUCGACAUCAUGACAAAAAACCCAAUGUGUGUUACCUCAGACACUUCGGCUACCGAAGCAUUGAAUCUGAUGGUUUCUAAAGGAUUCCGUCAUUUACCUGUAUGUAAUGAAGAAGGUGACAUUUUUGGCUUAUUAGAUAUUACAAAAUGCCUAUACAGUGCUUUGGAAAAGAUGGAAAGAGCAUUUGGUUCCUCGCGAGAGUUAUACGAUGCGAUGGAAAAUGUCGAAAAGGAGUGGGCAGGAACAUCCGUUCAGAUGAAUCAAUAUAUGGAGUCGUUACGCCAACAUAUGUCUUGCCCUAACUUGGAAUCCGUAUUAGAUGGAACACCUCCUGCUGAAGUGAAAUAUAAAACGAACGUAAGAGAUAUUGCCGUCAUGAUGAAAGAGCUACAUACAACUGCUGUUCUAGUAACAAAACAUCAUAAUUUGGCUGGUAUUUUCACAUCAAAAGAUAUUGUCCUCCGUGUUAUUGCAGCAGGUUUAAACCCUGAAAACUGUACAGUCGUGAGAGUAAUGACACCAAGCCCUGAUACAGCAGCACCGAGCACAACUGUACUAGAUGCUUUAAAGCUGAUGAAUGAGGGACACUAUCUGAAUCUUCCGAUACUCGAGAAAGGUAUUGUUAUUGGCAUGGUGGACGUGCUGAAAUUGACCUAUGUCACGCUAGAACAGAUGCGGAGCAUGGAAGGGCAGGAAGGCGAGGGCGGUCCUUUAUGGGGGAAAUUUUGGGAUAGUUUUGGCACUUUAGAUCACUUAGAAAACACUUCACAAUUAUCAGAUAAUUCUUCUGCUGCUGCUCGCCCCAGAUCCCUUUCUCUUAUUUCCGAUCCAAUGCUCUCUCCACAACCAUCUACUUCACUUUCACAUCUGAAGAGCUUCUCCGAUAUAUCACCCAACGAAUCCGCCAGUAUGGUGAACCAACCAUCUUCGGCUGGUGAAUCUCACACGUCUUCGGGCCAGCAUCUUCAACCACUGCAACAACAACAAAUGGAUACCUUUACUUUUAAAUUUACCUCUGCACGGCAAAAAACACAUCGUGUCGUUUGUAGACCCUAUUUUAGUGAAUUAUCUGAAGCAGUUCGCACAAAGUUAUUACCUGAGCAUGGCGACGACGACGUAGGAUCGGACGAAUGGCUCACUCUAUUCUACAUUGAUGACGAGGAUGAUCAAAUAUUGAUAACAUGCGAUGAAGAUGUGUCAGACGCAGUACGUCUAGCAGUAAAAACAGGCCAAAAUCGUGUCAAAUUGAUUGCUCAAGACAAGUCGCUCGUACCUACUAUUUCAAUAUCAUCUCAAAAUGAUAACGAUCUUCCUCGAAAAGUUGAAGCAGCAGUCGUGGAAGCACCGGAUGUCUUAAAGGAGGAAAAAGAAACGAUGCGAUCAGAUAAGAAAAGCGCAAAUACAACGUUGACAUCAACACGGCGAAACUCGAAGGAGUUACGGGCAAUCUCGAAGGGAAAAAGGCAGAGCCCGUUUCUACCAGCAAGCAUUGGCUUAUUAGGUGCUGUCAUUGUUGGUGUCGUAGUUUUCACGAAAGUUUUUAAAAAAUCCCCAGUAGACAUUAAAUUAUAA